AUGGCUGUGUCUUCCAGUAAAGCCAAGCGAGAAGCCAAGAAGGCCGAGAAGGCCGCCGCCAAGGCAAAGGCCGAGGGAAAGGAGGUUGGAAAGUCCGUGGACGAGAUUGUGGCGGAGAACACUGAGAAGAUCAAGGAGCUCAAGAUGCAGAAGGACAAGGACGGUCUGUCGGAUCGAGUUACCACCGGUGUGCUGGCCUCUCUGGAGACGUCACGUGAUCUGAAGCUGACUUCUGUGUCGCUCAAUUUCCACGGAAAAGUGCUGAUUCAGGACUCCACUCUCGAGCUCAACUACGGCCAGCGAUAUGGUCUUCUGGGAGAGAACGGAUGUGGAAAGUCGACUUUCCUCAAGGCUUUGGCCGAGCGAGAGUACCCUGUUCCCGAAAUUAUCGACAUCUAUCUUCUGAACGAGCCUGCUGAGCCCUCCGAGUGGUCUGCUCUGGAGUACGUUGUGCGAGAGGCCGAGGCCGAGCUCAAGCGUCUGGAGCACCAGGUUGAGAAGAUCCUUGAGGAGGAUGGCCCCGAGUCGCCCAUUCUGGAGGAUCUGUACGAGCGAAUUGACGACAUGGACCCCACCACCUUUGAGUCUCGAGCCUCUCUGAUUCUGGUCGGUCUGGGUUUCAACUCCAAGACCAUUAAGAAGAAGACCAAGGAUAUGUCUGGAGGAUGGAAGAUGCGAGUUGCUCUUGCCAAGGCUCUUUUCGUCAAGCCCACUCUUCUGCUGCUCGAUGACCCCACUGCCCAUCUGGAUCUGGAGGCCUGUGUCUGGCUUGAAGAGUACCUCAAGAAGUGGCCUCGAACCCUGAUUCUCGUGUCGCACUCCCAGGAUUUCCUCAACGGAGUCUGCACCAACAUGCUUGAUAUGCGAAUGAAGAAGAUGCUACUGUACGGAGGAAACUAUGACUCUUACGUCAAGACCCGAAACGAACAGGAGACCAACCAGAUGAAGCAGUACCACAAGCAGCAGGAGGAAAUCGCACACAUCAAGAAGUUCAUUGCUUCCGCCGGUACUUACGCAAACCUGGUGCGACAGGCCAAGUCGCGACAGAAGAUUCUGGACAAGAUGGAGGCCGACGGUCUGAUUGAGAAGGUGGUGCCCGACAAGGUGUUUGAGUUCCGAUUCCCCGCCGUUGAGAAGCUGCCUCCUCCCGUUCUGUCUUUCGACAACAUCACCUUCUCCUACUCUGGUAACCCCGAGGAGAACCUGUACGAGAACCUCAACUUUGGUGUUGAUAUGGACUCUCGAAUCGCUCUGGUUGGUCCCAACGGUGUGGGUAAGUCCACUCUGCUGAAGCUCAUGACCGGUCAGCUCCAGCCUACCGGAACCGAGGGCCGAAUCUCGCGACACACCCAUCUCAAGAUUGGUGUCUACUCCCAGCAUUCUCAGGACCAGCUGGAUCUCACCAAGUCUUCUCUGGAGUUUGUCCGAGACAAGUUUUCCCACAUUUCUCACGACUUCCAGUACUGGCGACAGCAGCUGGGUAGAUUCGGACUUACUGGUGAGGGCCAGACUGCCCUCAUGGCCACUCUUUCCGAGGGUCAGCGAUCUCGAGUCGUUUUUGCCCUGCUUGCCAUUGAGGCUCCUAACAUGAUUUUCCUUGAUGAGCCUACUAACGGUCUGGAUAUUCCCACCAUUGACUCGCUGGCUCAGGCCAUCAACGAGUUUGACGGAGGAGUCGUGGUUGUUUCACACGAUUUCCGACUGUUGGACAAGAUCGCCAAGGAUAUUUUCGUGUGCGAGAACAAGACCGCUACCAGAUGGGAUGGCAGCAUCUUGUCGUACAAGGCCAAGCUGGCCAAGAACGUGGUCGUUUAA